UAUUAAUUACAGUCAAAUAACAUAAAUAACAAAUCACAAUUAAAAAAUAAUAAAUAAAUUACAACGUGCAAAACACCAGCAUCCAACAGUUUUAGGUUCUAUCCACUAUAACAACUAUCUACCACCUUUCUAACAGUGUAAUAUUUUAACAUUUCCUUUGGCGCAGAAAGGCUAAGAGCCUCAGCUUAGACGGGCUGAUCCGUCUUCUGGCAGUAGCAGGCACGCUAGCCUGUCUUUUUCCUUCCAUCUGAAGUGUUGGAUGCGCAGUUCCUAAGUGUCUGUGAAGGUUGUUUGUGGAUCCUGCUCGAAAUGACAGCUUCAUCUUGCAAACUGUGCAUCUGCCUUUAAGUUAUCAUAGAUAUUAAAAUGCAUCCAAAUGCCACUUCGCGUGUCCGACUAUCACUCAUCUUGCGUAUUAUUCGCGCACCACACUCCCUCUUUCUCUCCUCCUCUCCCUCCCUCGUGCUCUGUACCUGUACACCGUCAGCACGUGCAUCGCCGCCGCCACUCCCCCCCCCCCAGCCCUUUGAGUCAUCACGUGAUCGGUCGUGCGGCUCACGCCAUUAACACAAACUUCAGUCACAGUCGUAGCCGCAUGGAUCGCUGAGCCGCGGAGGCGUUUUGCUUCAUAAAAAUGUUUCUCGGUCCGGAUCCGGAUCUUUUGAGCUGCUCGUUCGCGACCGACACAUCACUAGUGACUAGUCGGCGCUGCACGCUGCUGGAGGGGGGUAUGUGUCCGAAGGAGUUUGAAGGAAGUUCUUAUUUUGAAGUUAAGACAAACUAACUUCUAGUGGUACAUUUUGUGGUACAAUUUCAUGUUUAACAUGUUUUAUUAAUGCUGUUUCUAAUUUUAUGUACCUGCAAUUAAGGCUAUUAAUUUAGCACGCGCAGCAUUUCGGCGCAUCUUCCCGCCGGGGUCGCGCGGCGUCCGACAUUUCCUGAGGUAUUUCACAUACUUGAAUUUCUGCUUCGUUUUUAUAUUUUAUGCAUCGUACAGAAUAAUAGAGCGCAGGCUAAAGUGUAGUUGGGUCCCCAGCGAGUCUCUCAGCGCGGCGUGUCUCACAGCGCAAGGGGCAGCCGGAGCGCCGCAGACUCGGGCGGCUACAUGAGUAUAUUGGGAAUAAAAUACUCCUGCCAGCUGACGCUGGACCCCAACACAGCAAACAGCCGCCUGUCUCUGUCAGAGGGGAACAGGAAGGUGACACGGGGGGCAGAGCAGCCAUAUCCUGAUCAUCCAGAGAGAUUUGACUACUUUCCCCAAGUUCUGUGCAGAGAGAGUCUGACUGGUCGCUGUUACUGGGAGGCUGAGUGGAGUGGAGAUGGAGCCUGGAUAGCAGUGACUUAUAAAGGAAUCGGGAGGAAAGGAAGGAGUGAUGACUGUGGGCUUGGAGACAAUAACAAGUCAUGGAGUCUGUUCUGCUCUCCUGACAGUUACUCUGUCCAUCACAAUAAUAACCAGACUGUCAUACCCAUAAAGCCCUCAGACUCCCGCAGAGUAGGAGUGUAUCUGGACCAGGCGGCUGGUACUCUGUCCUUCUACAGAGUCUCCUCUGAUGGACUGACCCUCCUGUACAGCUUCACCUCCUCAUUCACUGAACCCCUCUAUCCAGCGUUUUGGGUUUAUGACGACUCCCCCGUGUCGCUGUGCAUGCUGGGAUAGCUCACUGUGUGCUGGAGGAAUCAUUUUUACCUGAUCAGAGUGUCACAUGUCGCUGCUUCUCCACGGCAAAAAGGUAAAAUCUCUGCUUUAUAACCAGUAUAACCCUUUUUACUCUGAAGUGUGACGUAUGUUAGACAGAAAUAAAUGAAUGUUUGUUCAGUUUGCCAAACUCAUGCAAAAUUACUGUUUUUGUCUGACUUUUGUUCUAUGUUGUCUGUUAAUGCACCAAAACUGGUCAGAACAAAUUCAUAGUAAAUGAAUAUAAGUCGUACCAAUAGAGUGAAUUCUGAUUCUGAAUAAAAUAAAAUGUAAUGAAAUGUAAUCCUGAUGAGUGGGGGGGCCUUUUCUCUCCCCUGUAUAUGUACAUUUUAUAUAUUUCUGUCUGUAUAUUGUAUUUUCUGCCUGUAUAUUCACAAUAAAAGCUUCAUAUUCUAUCAUAUUAA